ACCCCGCAAAGUCAUCCGGGUUACUUCCGCGCACAGACGGAACCGCCCGCGGCUUUCUUUUCCGCUGGAAAAUUCUGCUCCCGACUUCCCCGGGACUGUUGGCUGAAGUUCGCCGAGCGGCGGCGGGGAGAGCUCGGGCCGCCGGACGUCGGGUCGGGGGACGCAGAAAGUUAGUGAGUAGAAAGCCUCGGGAUUGGAGGAGGAGGAGGAGGAGGAGGAAGCCACACGUAUCCUUUCCUGCCUGUUCCCGGCUUCCCUCCCAGCUCUGCUUCCAGAGCUCUCCGUGUGUAAGAGCAGAGACCAUGAACACAUCUCGGGGGAUGGUGGUAUUUGAGGAUCUGGCUGUGACCUUCACCUGUGAAGAGUGGCAGAUCUUGGAUGAGGCACAGAGGACCCUGUACCGGGAUGUGAUGCUGGAGACCUACAGUCACCUGGUGUCACUGGGACAAUCCAUCACUAAACCGGAAGUGAUCGUCAAGUUGGAGCAGAGAGCAGAGGCGUGGGUGGCCGAUGCCCCGAAGCAGAGCCUCUCAGAUUUUCACCGUGUGAAUGACAUGAUCGAGAACAACCAGGAAAAUCAAUAUAGGCACUUUUGGCCAAGUAUCAUCACUGACAGGAAAACAGCGAUAGAGGAUAGAAUGGUCUUUGAAAAUGCUUUUGAUUUUAGCUCGAUCUAUGUUCCAAAACCAAUGAUCAAUAAUGGAAACUGUCCUGUCCUCAUGCCUGAGGCGUAUAAUGUAUGUGAGAACAUGUUUCUGACCAUUGACCCUGAUGAGUUGUAUCCUGUACAGAACCAUGAGGUUCACACGACUAUCUACAAUAAUAUUUUUACUCUCCCUGAGUAUCCAGAGAUACACACAGGUGUAGAACCUCACGAAUGUCAAAAGACCAGUCAGUUUUCAACCCUCAACAGACAUCAACGCACACACAUGAGGGAGAAAGUUAAGUACAUAUGUUCAGAAUGUGGGAAAACUUUAUCCCAGAGACGAGGACUCCUUCAGCACCAGAGAAUUCACACAGGUGAGAAGCCCUAUGAGUGCAAAGAGUGUAGCAAGACUUUCUACCGGAAGUCAGACCUCACGGUCCACCAGAGAAUUCACACAGGAGAGAAACCCUAUGAGUGCAAAGAGUGUAGUAAAACUUUCUCCUGGAAGAAAGGGCUUAUUUUACAUCUCAGAGCUCACACGGGAGAGAGACCGUAUCUAUGUAAAGUAUGUGGGAAAACUUUCUCUUCAAAUUCAGCUCUCUCUGUACACCAGAGAUUUCACACCAGUGAUAAACGUUAUGAAUGUAACGAGUGUGGGAAAACUUUCUUCUCCAAGUCCUACCUCAGUGUGCACCGGAGAAUUCACACAGGAGAGAAACCAUUCGAGUGCACUGAGUGUAGGAAAACUUUCACCUGUAAGGCGUACCUCACUGUUCACCAGAGGAUCCACACGGGAGAGAAACCCUAUGAAUGCAAAGUGUGUAGGAAAGCUUUCUCCUGGAAGAAAGGGCUGAUUUUACAUCAUAGAGCACACACAGGAGAGAAACCCUAUGAGUGUACAGAAUGUAGGAAAGCUUUCUACCGGAAGUCUGACCUCACUGUACAUCAGCGAAUUCACACAGGGGAGAAACCCUAUGAAUGCAAAGAAUGUAGCAAAACUUUCUCCCGGAAAUCAUCCCUCAUUGCGCAUAACAGAACACACACAGGGGAGAAACCCUUUGAGUGCAAGGAGUGUAGGAAAACCUUCACAGGGAAAUCCAACUACAUUGUACACCAGCGAAUUCACACAGGAGAGAAGCCCUAUGAGUGUAAAGUAUGUAGGAAAACGUUCUCCUGUAAGGCAUACCUCAACAUACAUCAGAGAAUCCAUGCAGGAGAAAAACCCUAUCAGUGUCAAGAAUGUGGAAAAGCGUUUUCCUGGAAGUCAGACCUUAUUGUGCACCAGAGAAUUCACACAGGAGAGAGACCGUAUGAAUGUACAGAAUGCCGGAGAACAUUCUCCUGUAAUUCAUACCUGACUGUGCAUCGAAGGAGUCACAAAGUAGAGAAAACCGUGUGAGUCUUAAUGUUGAGAAACUUCUUAUGGAAGUUUUCCAUCAUGCACAUCAGACAAAUCGCACAGGAGAGAAACCCUAUGAAUGUAAGAAACACUUUCACCCAGAAGUUAAUUCUCAAAAGACCGAGUAAUUAACACAGGGGUUUUAAAUGAGAUUGCAUAAACAGAGCAUGUUUUCACCAAAACUCUUUUCAGCUGGGCUUCCCUUUCCACCUCCCUUUGCUAUAUAGAACUUCUUGCUUCUUUAUUUCUAUUCUGUAUUUGAAAAAAAAAUAGCCCAAUUCAAAAGGCUUCUUCCCCUCUAGUUUUUUCUAGGAUAUUCACUUCUAAUUGUUUCAUUUAAGUGUUAAUGCAUUUUAUUAUUUUACAUAUAUACAUAUAUGUAUGUGUGCUUUUUAUUGUAUUUCUUUUUGAGGGUUGAUAACUUUCUCCUUUUUUGUACCAACUCUUAUCAUUUUAUUCCUCUCUAUUAUAUAUUUGAAGCUAUCAUAUUUUAAGGAAUAUUUCAUCUUAAAAUAACUUCAGUAGGAUUCAUAAGCUGUACAUAGUGAUUCCAUCUCUCAAAAUAAAUGUUUUGACAUUAGAGUUCACCUUCUAUUGCAGACCCAUGGAGAGACUUUUGUGGCGAUGGUCUUUAUACAUUUUCUUUUUUUUUAUAUUGUGUUAGAAGUGGUUUGACUGCCAUUACAGUAUUACAAUAUACUGUG